GUUUGGGUUUGUAAACAUAAACAAAGGGCGCAAAACAGCUGUCCUUGUAGAACGCUUCCCGCGUUUAAAUGAACAACAUUAAAGGAACAAACAUGCACUGAUUUCCUAUUCGGAAAAGGAUCUUCGAUCAGUUGGAUCGGUGGAUCUGGUGCAGCACGUACAGCAACCGCAUUCAAUGGUGCUACGAUUGCAAACCACCGGACAUCUGUAUCUGGACGGGUCACGUACGUACUGUGUGCAUCGGGAGCUCGUAUCGAAACUUGCCAUCCAUCAACUGGAAGCGGUUCGCUUUCUGUACAGACAGCUGCGUGAGUAUACCGGAAUAUUCUUGAACGAUGAAUCAGGGCUCGGUAAGUGUUAUCAGACGGUUGCUUUCCUAUCGGCCCUAGCGGUAAACGAGGACCGUUCGCUUAUCCUGUGCCCAACUCACGAUCGCAUACACCACUGGACGUACCAUCUGGAUGUGUUGGCACCUUCGUUACGCACUAAAGUACACCCGAAAUCGUACCAGGACAUUGCCAGCGAACAAUCGACACUCCGGGGCACCGAUUGGCAGUAUGUGGUGGUGGACGAAACCCGCGAGUUUAUGAGCGAAAAGCAGCUGGAAACACUUCGUUCACUGGCGGUGAAGCGAUACAUCUUUGUCAGCUCGGUCGAUUUGCUCGUGCGGCUAGAUUUUUGUUACCCACACGAUCCGACCCAUCUGCGGAAGGUGAUUGAGCAGCAGCAAAAGCAACGAUCGAAGAAAGGAAGCUUCAAGGUGUAUCUGUGCACGAGACGGUUCCUUCUUAGACGAUACGCUGACAAUUAUCGCCGAAAGCUUCCACUGAUUGCAAAGAGCGAAUUUUUGGAGCGAUUUCGUGCGUGGAGUGUUGCAAAUGGUGUAGAAAUUCCUGUUCAAGGGACACCCGAACCGACGGAAGCUUCUGGAGAGGAAAACAGUUUAUCGGCAUCGCACAUCGAAGAGGAAGCGUCGAGCGUUGCUGUUCCGCUUGGUUCCGCAACGAUGACACCGGAUGCAAUGGGCGGAUGCCAAGAGCAGGCUAGCGAGCAAGAUGAUACACCACUCUCACCAGUGCGCUGUGGACAGGGGGAUAACCUAGCGAAGCAAACAUCCCCGGACCAUGCAAAUGAAGCAAUUCCGGUGCACUACACCGAUAGCGAACCGCUUUUCGAACCAAACGAAACCAACACGGAGCUGAUGCCGGUAUUACGCGUCGAAUCGGACACACCGUCGGAAAACAAUACCAUCCCCGAGACUGACGGAACCAUCCCCGAAACGGCACCCGACUCCCAAGGCUACCUGCAGUUUGGGCAGGAGUUGCUAAGCCACGGCUACUCCUCAUCGCAACCAUCCCAGCUAGCUCUGGCCACCGAACGGUAUCGAUUCCCUAUCGAAAAGUUCCUCCGAAGCCAAGGUCAGCUUAAAUCUUCCAGCUCGUCGCUAAGCGUCGAAAGCAUCCCGAACGGACAACCGGUUCCACCGGUGACGGAAAUCGUUAUCAGCUCGUCCGAUUCACCACAGCGCACCGCCAAAUCUCCGCCACUGUUUGAAGACUCCGAUCAUGAUACAAAAUCACUCAACUCUUGUCCCUCCGAUGAUGAUGAUGAAUCACUCAUGGAGCUGUUGGCCACCUCACGCACACUGCCACCGAUCGGGCUGGGUGUGGAGAGAAUCCCAUCGCCGAGCAUUGCACCCCGGCGACAUCCUUCCUUUAGCACACCGAUCACGAAGUUAAUGUUUGGUCCGUUGGCUGAUGCCGGAUCGGGCAACGUUUCAUCGGUGGAUAUGUUUGCCGAAUCGUUAGUUGCGGCCGGCGAGAAUGCGGAUAACGUGUUUGAAAUAACGAAAAACAACGCUUUUCCCAAUCGGAUCGUUGUGAACGAUGAGGAUGCGGAUGGUAAUGUGUCGUUACAGCUGGUGGAUGAUUCCAGUGAUGACGAUGACGUGCAGAUAGUGGACGUAACGGAAGGAAGGAUCAUUGACUUGGUUGAGGAUGUGGUCGGCACACCGAAAUCACCGGACAAGCUUAAUAGGCCGAUUGUGUGUCAGAAGACACCACCGAGUGGUGGCCUAAAUCGGAUUGCUUCUCCCGGUCGCGGUUGGCUAGGGAAAGGGCUUCGUACGGCAUCUGUUUCGCCGGCUAGUGGGAAAAAUACACCGACCACCAGUGGUAAGCCAUCGCCGGUUCGGGCCGGGUGUAGUAGAAGUGGUGGCUCUGGUGUUGCUGGUACGAGUGGGCACAGCAGUAGUAGUAGAAGCGUUCGUAAAGGGAUGAGCCCGGUCGUACGGGACGCUAAAAGGCGACGCAAAUUGGACGAUCUGUUUCAAACUGUAGACGAUACGAAACGAGGCCGUAACAGUCAGCGACGAGGAUCGAGAAAGUGAUCGAGCUUUGUCUCUAGUUUAGGUCUUUAAUAGUUUAGACUCAUUAGGACGGAUGUUUGUUUAAAUGUUCGGAAUUUUAAAUUGUUAUAUGUUUCCAAUUCCCGUAUGUGACUUUAUGAAGUAUUUGUGUACAGAAUCAAUUGUUCUGAUUCCGAUUUUAGUUAGGUUUAUGUUUUUUAUAAUGACUCUUUUUGUAUUGUGUCUAGCAAAUAGUUAGGAACAACCUAUCUAAAAGCACAACAAAGCAAAUUUUAAGAAACAAAAUUCAAGUACUCCGCACUAAGGCAGUUACAGAUAUGUAUA